AUGUCGCACGCCGACCACACGCGCGACCCAUGUCCAUGGGUGAUCCUGAACGACUUUGGCGGUGCGUUUGCCAUGGGUGCCGUGGGCGGCACCAUCUGGCACGGCAUCAAGGGUGCGCGCAACAGCCCGCGCGGUGAGCGUCUGCCCGGCUCGCUCUCGGCGAUCAAGGCGCGCGCACCCGUGCUCGGAGGCAACUUCGGCGUGUGGGGCGGCAUGUUCUCCUCGUUCGACUGCGCCGUCAAGGGCAUCCGUCAAAAGGAGGAUCCGUGGAACGCCAUCAUCGCAGGCUUCAUGACCGGAGGCGGUCUCGCCAUCCGUUCCGGACCCAAGACCGCGGUCGGAUCGGGUAUCAUGUGCGGUAUUCUGCUCGGUGUCUUCGAGGGCGUGGGUGUGCUCAUGCAGCGCUUCAUGGCCGAGGGGAAUAAACAGGUCGCCCCCAUCAUCCCCGAUACCCUCCCUGGAUCCGCACCACCAGCGUUGUCAGCAUCACAAUAG